CGCUAUCGUUAAUAAUGGUCAUGUCUUCAUUACUUCGUUAAAGGUUUUCAGUGUGGGGAACGUUCGUUUCGAUUUCAGGAAAGGAUAAAAGAGAAAAACAAAUAACACAGAGCAGAGACUACAACUUUAGACAUCUUUUCCCGAGUGGUCGCGUUCGAUUUUUGGUGGAGGCCAUGAGUGUAAUCAGCAUUGAUUGACAGUCUUUUUAAUUUCAAGCUUGGAGAUGAGAUAUCAAGGAAUGGGACCGUCAUCUGUCUCUGUUUUCAUAUUAUGUUGUAUGUGGAUCCAGACUGCUAAGGGUCAAGGACGCGAACCUGUUAUCACAGAACAUCCUUCUGAUGCUAUUGUUCUUAAGGGGUCACCAACUGAACUGAAAUGUAGUGCCUCUGGAUCUCCCACACCAUCAAUUUCCUGGUUUAAGGAUGGAAUUCCUAUAUCAAGUGAUAAGAGUGGGAGAAGAACGAUUCUACCUGAAGGAAGCCUCUACUUUGUGCGAACUGUGUCAAAUAAGCGGAGAAGAUCUGAUAGUGGUACUUAUCAAUGUGUGGCUAUCAAUCGCUAUGGUACAGCACGCAGCCAAAAAGCAACUUUGUUGAUUGGAACGCUGAAGAAAGUGUUCCGAUCGAAACCUUACAACCAAACGGCAUAUCCUGGAGAGUCAGUUGUUAUGAAAUGUUCUCCUCCAAGGGGUUACCCUGUUCCUACUGUUUCUUGGUUACAUAAUGGCCUCCCUGUUACAAACACAAGUAGGACAUUCAUUUCACCCAAAGGAAACUUGACAAUUUCUUCAGUUACUGAGGCUGAUCAAGGAACCUACGUGUGUAAAUCAAGCAGCCCUCUUGGGACACAAAACAGCAACAAAGCAUGGCUUACUAUUGAGAAACCAGGCAAACCCCUCACUGUCAAACCAACUUCGCAAAAUGUGCUCACUGGAAUGAAUGCAACUUUCCAAUGCUAUUACAGAGAUGGUCCUCAGGAUGAAGUAAUGUGGGAAAAAGAAGAUGGAUCUCUGCUUAGUUCAAGACAUGUUGUGGAAAAUGGAUUCUUGACAAUAGAAAAUGUGACAGUGCAAGACAAAGGAACUUAUGUCUGCAGAGUAAAAACAGGUGCACAGGACCUUACACUUCAAGUCACUCUCAAGGUUAAAACUAAACCAAGAAUUGUUCAACCCCCAGGGGAUGUUAUUGUUAAGGAGGGAAGCCCAGCUAAGUUUGUUUGUAAUGCCACUGGAGAUCCUCAGCCAACUGUAAUCUGGGAAAAACAAGGGAAAGACUCAUCCUCUAUGUUCCCAGCAAUGAAUUAUUAUGGUGGUAGAUUCUCUGUUUCAAGCUAUGGUCUCUCCUUGGAUAUUUCUAGAGUAGAGAAGCAAGAUGAAGGGGUGUACACUUGUUGGGCAUUGAUUCCUGGUGCUACUAUAUCUGCUGAUGCAACACUUACAGUCAUUGGACCCACAGAUAUUGUGCCAUCAGUCGUGACAGGUCCGCUUAAUCAAUCGGUGGAUGAAGGAACAAAUGUAGAUUUCUUCUGCAAAGUGAAAGGCAGCCCUGAGCCAUCUGUCAGCUGGUUUCUGAAUGAUGAUGACUUUCCACUGCAGAGUACAGCUAGGAUUUCAUUAACACAGACUGGUUUGACCUCACACCUGACCAUUUCUAAUGCAACUGUGAAUGAUAAAGGAAUGUACAAAUGUGUUGCCACUAGCAAAAUUGGAACUGCCUCAGAGGAAGCAGAGCUAAAAGUGAACAAAGUGAUCAUUACUAUCACAUCCCCUCCUACAACGAUGCCAACACCAAAACCCACACUUCCUCCUUUGGAUGUAGUUGUGACUUCUGUGACACACAACUCUGUGGAUUUAGCAUGGAGUUCUGUGACUUCUUCAGAUGUCUCAGACAUCAUGUAUGUAGUGGAGUUCCGCAAAAGGAAUGGCAAGCAGCCAUGGAAUACAGCUGUAAGCUCCCUGAAGGAAGACAAGCUUACUGUUAAAAACCUGGAAUCUGAAACAUGGUACUUGUUCAAUGUACGAGCAGUGGGCCCAGAUGACAGUACUCUCACAAAACCUUUAAAACCACUGUCCCAUAGGACCAAGAAAGCACCAGUGGUAGCCAUAAAACCAUCUCCAACUGUGGACCAGUGGAAAAAUGUAAGAAUCAAUAUUGAUGCAAAACCUGCUGGACAUAACAAGAUUAACAUAUCAUGGACUAUUUCAGAGCCAAUGGAUGGAACAAGGGCAGUUAUUUAUUGGAGGAAGAAAGACUCUGAUGUGUUUUACAUUACUCCUAAUACUUCAUUUGGAUCGUCAUACUCACUGAAUGGCCUUCAGGCUAAUACAAGUUAUGAAAUUCAAGUGCAGAUCAUGAAUAAACAACACAAAGGGCCAAAGAGUAACUCUGCUUUCGCUAAAACACUUGCGAAGCCGAAAGGUGUUGACGUUGUAUCUAGUGAGGGAAAAAUACCCACAACAGACCUUGUUGGCUCCGACGGAGAAGUCAGUGUCGUUGAAGCGCGUACCGACUCAGAGGACAUCUGGUAUAAGAUAAAAAUGUUUGUACGUCAGCCAUGGUUCAUUGGUACUAUGGGUGCAGUUGCUUGGGUAAUCCUCUUAGUCGUGGUACUGCUGUUGUACAGACAGAGGCGACAUAGGAAGAAGCCAAAAAAAGCCCUGACCUCAAACGUGCGUUUACCUGCUGACAGCAUGCCGGGGAGUCCAGGUACCCGUGCUUCAAAGUUCUUGUGGAUGGAAGAGCGAAAUUCAGACCCAACUCACCAACUCACCAAUAACAGAUCUAGCGACAGCUCAACUUCCGAUUGUACACGUCAAAUGGCAAAUUGCUGCCGAGGGAGAGGAGGCUCGUCUAGUAACAGUCUUGACUUCCCCAAUAAAAUUGCUUUGAACCAGUUGUCAGGCAGCGGAAAUCGGUUGGAUACGAAUCACUACAGCCCGGCUGAUGUACAGCAAGGCAAAAGUAACAACAUACCAAACUCAAAAUAUCACUAUCAAGAGCAUUUGAACAAGAGCAACAAGUUCUUGGAUUCACCGCCAAAUCGGUAUGCCACAUCCAAUGGAUCUCGGAGUCCCUCAGAAAGCACUCUCCCGAAGAGCGGGACCAAAGAAAGAAUCCGGUACCUGGACUUCCCUGAGAGUGGCACGAACAGGAGCAAAUCCAGCACGAGUUCAAGGAAAAGAGACCCGAACCAGGCACCUAGUGACUCCAGCGACACGGAGAAGACCAAACCCAAGCUUAAGAUUCAGUCUUUUGAGAUGGCUGGAAAUAUUCCCACCACUAGUACCUUUCAUUCUGAACCGCCUCCGACUUACGAGGCUGUCUUAAAAGAAACAGAAAUGGAGAUGCAGAAAUUCCCGCUGACCACCGCCGAAAGGGUGGAACAAAUCGAGAGUAAAAACGAGGAAGAACAAGACUCCUCUGCGAAACCCGAUGCUUCUGAUGCUCGAAAAUCCCCAACUUUGGAGAGACCGGCCAGUCCGAGUAGCGAACGAAGCUGUAAAACUUCAACCAGUUGCGGCUCGCUUCAAAGAAAAAGGAAGGCUCUCAAACCACCUCCGCGUCUAGCUAUCUUCAACUGGGCGGAUAUGCUGCCCCCACCCCCUUCAGAGCCACCACCGAGCAGCUUAGGAUCCCCACCCCCCUCCCCACCGUUCAGCGAACGAAGUGCCAUGACAGGCAUGACGGGAAGGACUGGUAUGAGCGGUAUGAGUGCUUUGAGUGGAAUGACAGGUAUGAGCGGAAUGACUGGAAUGAGUGGCCAGACAGGAUUGAGUGGUAUGACAGGAUUAACAGGAAAAACCGGAAUGAGCGGGAUGAGUGGUGUCACUGGGAAGAGUGGACUGACAGAACCUCACGGCCAUUCGGGGAGGCGGGCACAUAGAAAGGCUGGAGCCGCUUCUCGUGACGGUGAAAACGACCGCGAGUCUGUGACGGGAAAAUCUGAAAAGUCCAAGAAAUCCCGAUCGAAGCCGAAGCCUAUUCCGAUCGACCUCGAGGGCAUUACGAGUGACAUCAUCAUGCAGUGGGCCGAGUCUGUGACGAACACUAGCGGUUCCGAUGAGGAAUCGUCGGCCUCAAGCCCAAGCCGAAUAAGUGGUAUUAGCAGUGAUGGGUCUUUCUUUACUGACGCGGACUUUGCUAAUGCUGUUCGUGUUGCCGCUGAAUGUGGUGGGUUUAACACGGAUGCUUAUGGACUCAUGGACUCACUCGGCAUACCUCCCCCUUAUGCUGCGGGCUGGAAACGCAGCAAUUCAUUUUCUAAUGAUAACGAAGCUAGCCUUGGAACCGCGGCUGCGUAUGGCCCGCGUCCCCUUAGAAAAAGAUGGGAAACUGGUAGCGAAGGUGACUUAGAGUAUAAUCCACCACCUAAUCGAGUACGUCCCAGGCAAAGACGAGACAACGAAAAGGGUCCCAAUGAGAAGGGACCUAACGAUACAGGACCGGUGCGCAUCCAGAGAGUGCCCCCUGGUGAGCUUAUCAGACAACUUCCCGGUAUGCGAGCCCCUGUACCUAUAGUACCCUCACAGCCGAGGAGACCACUUCAUAGGGUUGCUCGGCCAGGGGGGCCGCCCCUGCAGACGAACCCGGCCAUGCUGGUGCAGCCCUUGAAGAAGACAACUACACUUGGCGUGGUUGACCCUCGGGAACCGCUUAAGAAAAAGUACGCCAUUGUGAAGAAGAUACCUCAAAGUCAGGAAAACGAGAGAGGAACUGGGUAUCAGAGUUGUAGCAUGAGUUCAAGCAAAUCAAGUACAAGUACGGCCAGUACUGUGAAGAGCAGUUCCUGUGCUCCAACCGUACAUGAUGACUCUGACCUGGAAGGGUCGGUGGCAUAACUAUAAAGCAAGAUAGCUAUAUGGCAAUGGAUAGAAGAAUUGGAGCUUUGUGACUGCUCUUUUUUUUCCAAAUACAUAAAAAUUAGAAGCGUUACUCCUAUGUUUUAAUGCGAAGCGUUCACAAACAGUAUUUGGUAACUAUUAGUUCGGGUUAAAACAGUUGCGUAUGUUUUUUGUUCAAGAUAUGGAGUUACCAGAGUUGCUUGUCCUCAAAGUAACACUGGAAAAUUUUAUUACUUAAAAUUUUGUACUCAAAUAUAGCGUUUUUGUGGACUUAUACAGCGGUAAACUGAUUCUUUUGCUUCCUACAGUUUCAAGCUACAGUAUUAUGAAAUGGGAUCUUUAUAUAGAUUUGUGUAGAUAAAUGUACAGAUCGACUGGAGAAAAUUUGUCCCGGGAAUUUGAAAGGAGAAUUCCUUUUUACUUCUCUCCUAAUAGUCAAAAUUUUAUUUUACAGUGAGUCAAUAUAUUAUUGGCUGGAAUUGACGUUUGGAGAUCAGAUGGUACUGAUGAACACGCUUUAUUGUAAUACACAACUCUAAAUUUAUUUCUUUUCGUUGGUACUCCAUGCGAGGCGCUAAAAAAGAUAAAAAGCAUUUAUUUUUCAUGAUAUAAAAUUAUAGGCAGAUUUGUAAAGGAAAAAUGUGAUUUGUUGUUUUUUUUUAUGAUUGAAUUUUAUACAUUGACAAUGAAAGUGGAGAUGCGCCAGGUCUCACUCGCGUGGUCCUAGAUAUCCCAAAAAUAUGUACGAUCCGAUUUUUAUUUUGGGCAGAAUUUAAAAGAAUAUUAUUUGAAUUGUUUUGUAUAAGAGAAAUUGAUGUUUACUUUAGAAAAUUCCAAAUAACGUUUUCCAAAGAAUGUACUCAUAUUCAAAAACAGCAGACAGUAAAAUAUAAUAACGUUAUUUUAUUUAAGAGCUUCAAAGCCUUCGUUUAGUUAGCAUAUCUGUUCCUGAUAAGUAUUUUUAAUGAAUCAUUUGGAUUUUGGCAUAAGCGACAUUGUAUGAACAACAAUGCAGUAAACAAUAAAUUGCUAAUUACUUUGAA